AUUCGAGUACAGGACAGCAUAUGACACACCCACUCGGCCCGUGAGUUGACGACCUGAUAUUCUUGACGGUCCUUUCCAGAUUGUCACUCUCUCUUGUCCCCGCCGUGAGCUGCGGCAGGCACCGGACGCCGCUGGAACCAUAAAUCUGUCACGUCGCGAUGGAAGAUUACUUGAAGUCAUUCGUGGAGGAAACAUCGGGGUACAACGACAUUGUCCUGGGUUCGUUGUUGCCGGAUAAGUGGUGGGUCCCGCUCUCUCACUUCUACAGAGGGUGGCUUCGUAACUACAUUGCUGGGACAUUGCUCUAUCUGCUCUCCGGGAUCUUAUGGUGUUUCUAUAUCUACCACUUGAAGCGCAACGUUUAUGUUCCUAAAGAUGCCAUUCCUUCAAGAAAGGCCAUGCUUUUGCAGAUAGGAGUUGCCAUGAAAGCUAUGCCCUGGUACUGUGCUCUUCCAACAGUCUCCGAAUACAUGAUUGAACAUGGAUGGACUAAAUGCUUUUCGAGGAUAAGUGAUGUUGGUUGGAUUGCCUACAUCGGCUAUCUCAUUGGAUAUCUUGUGAUUGUGGAGUUUGGGAUAUACUGGAUGCAUAGGGAGUUACAUGACAUAAAACCUCUCUAUAAGUAUCUUCAUGCAACACAUCACAUCUAUAACAAGCAAAAUACACUGUCCCCUUUUGCUGGUCUGGCAUUCCAUCCAGUGGAUGGUAUACUGCAGGCGAUACCCCACGUUAUAGCUCUCUUCCUAGUGCCAAUGCAUUUCAGCACGCACAUAGCCCUUCUCUUUAUAGAGGCCAUAUGGACAGCAAACAUUCACGACUGCAUACACGGGAAACUAUGGCCUGUAAUGGGUGCUGGAUACCAUACCAUUCACCACACCACGUACCGCCACAAUUACGGACACUACACAAUAUGGAUGGACUGGAUGUUUGGAACUCUUCGUGAUCCAGUGGAAGAUGAGGCCAAGAAGAUAUAACGUACGCUCACAUCAAAAUAAGUCCUAUAGUCUUCUGCUCUCUUUUGGUGGUUCGUUUGGUUUUUUCCUGUCAUGUGUGUGCUUAAUGUACAUGAUCUUGGUCGGUAGUUGAUGUUUCUGAUCUAGUAUUUGUUAGACAAGGGGAAUAAGAAAAAACAGAUUUACCAGUUCCCUGGGACUGUUUCUCUGCAUGUACUUUGCUUGAUCACUUUCAGAUUCUUAUGUUAGUAGGAAAUUUGAUGUUUCGGACGUGAUUUUAACUAAUGGAACGAUAUCAUGUCUGUAUAAGUGCUCGUUUGAUGGAAAA